AUGCCUUCAAUCACGUACACCCGGCGCAGCGAUCGAGGAAGUGCUGGCGAGCAUAUUCCGCUCUUGGGCAAUAACCACUCGGACGAAGUCAAAUUGCAGGCUGCAGACGGCUCAGCAUCGGCCUUCGCGAUAUUUGGUCUCGCAUUUACAGUUAUGUGGAUUCAGGCCCUGUUGCGGUGGUUCGCUUCACCAAGUGAAUUCCUGCCGGCCCCUAUUCUCGGGCCCGACGAGAUCUCCCCGUGGCGUCUCAUCGCGCUGCAUAUCUUCGAGGGUCUCAACAUGGCCGUCUUACUUACGAUGAUUUGGUUCUGCCUCUUGGUGCCCCUGUUCCCCUACCUGCGUAGCUUCAAGAAAACGAGCGAGCCCGGCAGGUUCACCCUGGACGGGCGGCAGGUUCUUGGCGGCUUGGUUGCUUUUUGUGCGGAUGGCUUCCUCAAUUGCCAGCAGUACAUCUUCAUGUGGAAUUCCCAUGGCGUCAAUCGUGGCGUGUGGGUACGCUUCCUUCCCUUCCACUCCGCGAGUGGCCCGACCCGAUACGCCGAGAACCUGCUGUUCGGCCCGCCCAUGUACGUCUACUUCUGCGAGGGCUUCGGCAUCCUCGGCUGCGCGAUGGCAAAGCCGAUCCGACGAUUCUGGCCCGGGCUCACCAAUGCGAGCCUAUUGACUAUCGUCUGGUGUAUCGAGUUCGCUGCCGACUUUGUCAUUGAGAACGCGGCGAUCCGCCUGACGCACGCGUACGGCUAUGCUAAGACUUAUGGCCCCCUCACACUGUUCCCCGGCAAGGUGCACCAAUUCCCCCUGUACGAGUCUGUGUUCGUGGCGAGCCUGGGCGUCCUCCACACGGCUAUCAGGAUGAAGUGGCUCGACAACGGGAUUUCACCGGUCGAGAGAGGCUUCGACGCGUGGCACCCGAGGCUGCACAAUGCUGUGCGGACCUUUGCUGUUUUUGGCUUUUGCGCUGCGGCGGUGAUUAUGUUCUAUCACCUGCCUUUGAAUUGGCUGGGUGUGAUCGGAGACUGCUACGCUGAUAUGCCCAGCUAUAUGAAGGCUGGCUAUUCAACCUGA